AUGCCCACUCAAAACGACUUUCAGCUUCUUCCAUCUCAGUCUGGCGCCGAUUGUAUGUCUAUCUGUUUGCAAAAUAUCCGCUCCUUCCUCAUCAGUACUCACCUUCACCAAACAAUCGCGGCACACAUGUGCGAAGAGCCAACCAAGCCGGAGAUGCCGGACUAUUACUUCGAUCUGGGUUUAACCCAGGAUGCUACAAGGUCGGAGAUUAAGAAAGCAUUUCAUAAUCUCGCAUUAUUGCACCAUCCUGACAAAAAGGCUCCCGGUGAGAGCGUCGAUGCGGUGGAGUUUCGCCAGGCAAGAGAAGCAUACGAAGUCCUGACCGACAACGACGAGAAAGACACGUAUGACGACGACUACGUAUGGGUCCAGUCUGAUUGGAUACGAUACCGUCGCAAGUUGAAGGACUGGGAGCAAUAUUUGGAGGAGGAGAGGCUGCGGAUAGAGGCUGAAGAGCAAGCUCGACGACAGGCUGCAGAAGAGCAUGACCGACGUCAAGCAGCUUUGGAAGCGGAGCGGCGUAGGAAAGAAGAAGCAAAGAAGAACCGACAGGACCCCGAAGAUUGCGAAACCCGUCGUAGCAACUUCGCCGAGUGGGCCUUCCGUCAAGCGGAGAGACUAAAAAAAGAGGCCAUAAAGCAAGAGGAGGUAGACAGGCAGCAGCAGGAGUUUGAAGGAAUGGACAGGCGUAGAAAAGCUGCAGAAGCGCAGGAAAAGAAAGCCGAAGAGCAGCGAAGGAAAGUCAAGGAGUGGAUGCGACCAAAAGAAGCGCAGAAGGAAGAAGAUAGGAGACGCCAGCGAAGUGCUGAGCGCGAUCAACGUAGACAGGCCAGAGGAUAUGGCCCAAGAAGUCACGGAGGACUCUGUCCAUGCGCACAGUGUGUAUACGACCAUUGGGUCGAGGCAUACAAACAAGAAGUAGCGGAGGCUAAGCGACUAUCCGAAGAAGCAGCGCAACGUGCACGCGAGGAAAUGGAACGUAAAGCCAAAGAACAUUUAGAAAAACAGGCAGCAACAGAAAAGAACAGGCAAGAGCGCGAGAAGAACAGACAAGAGCGCGAAAAGAAAGCCCACGAGCGCAAACAAGCAGCAAAAGCUAGAGCGGCCGAGACGAAAACUCAAGCAACCGCCCAAAAGCAGCGCGAGGAACAGGAAAAGAAGGCGCGGCUACGUAUGGCUAACGAGCAUAUCCACAAACAACAGCAUGCCUACCUGAGCACUCUUGCAGAGAGUGGACAAGAAGUUGGAACCACCGAUGUUGUUAUUGACAUUGGAUGGAUCAAGAAGAAAGGUGUGGCGGAAUGUCUGUUCUGUGGUAAUCGUAUCAAUUACUUUUCGUUCCAUUGUCCUGAAGGGGGCAUUGUCCUGAAGGGGGCGCUGUGGCGUGCAAUCCGUGCAAGUUGCAGCUCAGUCAAUACACGCCUGCAAAGCAAGAUAUUGCGGAAGUAG